AUGGAUAAAAGAAAAAAAAGUUGAACCCAUCACUUCUUUUAUGUGCUAAUCUUGAUAAGAUAACUUUUAUUGGUACUAUAAAUUAUGUAUAGAUCUUCCAUGCAGCCAUGCAUUCAGAGUGGUUUCUUGAAUUAACUUCGGCUACUAGGAUUCCAGAUUCAAAAUCACCAGUGACACCACUUUUUAUUGUUCUUCCGUUAAGGUUCCAGAUUGGUAAUUUUUGUUUAGUCAUGCUUUCAUGCUAACAAGAAAUAUGAUACUAACUUUGGCUUAUAAUCUUGUAGGGGCUAGCCAUGACUAUUGCUUAUGGAAAUCAUGCUCCAACUCCUACAAGGCCUGGGGGAAAACAUGAAGGAAUUAUAGUUUGUUGGUUUCUUGGACUUGGCUCUCUUGUCUCAUGGAGCAGUAUGCUGACAAUAGGAGAUUACUACUAUUGUCUGUUCCCAAAAUACCACCCUUCAAGGGUACUUACUCUUGUUUAUCAAACAUUUGCACUUGGAACAAUGGCAAUACUAGCUUAUAAUGAGGCAAAGAUCAAUACUAGAAAGCGGAACGUAGCUGGAUACAUUCUCUUUGCUGCAAGUACUCUUAUGCUUAUGGUUGUGGAUUUAGCUACAUCAGGAGGAGGAGGAAUUGGACCUUUUAUUGGCAUAUGUGCAAUUGUUGCUGCUUUCGGAGUCGCAGAUGCCCAUGUUCAAGGUGGAAUGUUUGGAGACAUGGCUUUCAUGUGUCCUGAGUUCAUGCAGUCUUUCUUUGCUGGGUUGGCUGCAUCAGGAGCCCUGACCUCAGCUCUGAGAUUGAUCACAAAAGCAGCGUUUGAUAAAUCUAAAGAUGUGCUAUUUCUAGGAAUCUCCACUUUCUUGGAAUUCCUGUGUGUUCUGCUGUAUGCAUAUCUCUUUCCUAAACUGCCAAUAGUGAAAUACUGCCGCUCAAAGGCAGCCGCAGAAGGAUCAAAGACUGUUUCAGCUGAUCUUGCUGCUGCUGGCAUCCAAACACUAGCAAACCAAGAAGCUGCUGAUGUUGCCAAACCUCGGGAGCGAUUGAGCAACAAACAACUAAUCUUCCAGAAUAUAGAUUAUGCACUUGACCUGUAUCUGAUAUACGUGUUGACAUUGUCAAUAUUCCCAGGAUUCGUAUUUGAAAAUACUGGUAAACACAAGUUGGGCAACAAAUGGUACCCUCUUGUUCUGAUUGCAAUGUACAAUGUGUUGGAUCUUAUAUCAAGAUACAUUCCUCUUGUUCCAUGUUUGAAAUUGGAGUCUAGGAACGGCCUCCUGGUUGCAGUACUCUCUCGUUUUCUACUCAUUCCUGCAUUCUACUUCACUGCAAAAUACGGUGAUCAAGGAUGGAUGAUCUUUCUCGUUUCUUUCUUGGGACUGACCAAUGGCUAUCUCACUGUCUGUGUUCUUACAAUUGCACCAAGAGGUUACAAGGGGCCUGAAGCAAAUGCGUUGGGAAAUUUGCUUGUGCUGUUCUUAUUAGGUGGCAUAUUUUCAGGGGCAGCCCUUGAUUGGCUUUGGCUCAUAGGCAAAAAGAAGGCCUUCUAGAGUGCUAAAUCUGCCUGCAACUGAUAAACAA